CUUUGCAUAUUCAUCUUGUGCUUGUGCAGAUGUGCUUGGAUUGUACAUCAGAUCGAGCGCAUUCCAACGAGCCAAGAAUUGUUGGAAUCGGAGCACAUAUGAAGAAGUUACGAAGAAAUGUUUGAUGGAUUUGUUACAACUCAUUGGAAGUCCUUGGCAGCUGCUACACCAAAGUUGGAGAGCCCUAAAACGAGGAGGGACCAGCAUGUGUGGGACUUUUGUCCCCACCUUGCAGCUGCAGCACUUGGGGUUUGGAGACCAACCUGGUACAGUAUGAAUUUUGUCUUGCCAGGCUGGCUGAACCUGAGGAUGGGGAGUCAAAACUUUGACUCUUGUCAUGUUCUUGACCAAGGGCCUCCAGGGUCCUUCCCUUUCAUCCUUCCCUUCCCACCCCACCUUCCAACUAUGCUUCAAUGCCUUUUCCAUCAUGUCUCUGAACUUGUAAGCUUCAAUCAUAGUGACUCUGAGGACUGUCAACUUCUCCUAGGGCAGAUUACCCCCCAGUGCGCCAAACGCCAUAGCUCACUCGAUAAGCUAUGGAAUCGAGUGAUUCAACUUUCAGAGGAAAGCUGACGCUGCAAGCUACAACAUAUCCGAUUUUCAGAUCGUUUCAUCGAUUGGAGUUUUGGAUAUAGCUUUUCGAAGGUCGCGAGUUUUCUGGGCGUCAUAACGAAGUGCUGCAGAAAUUUCCAAGGAGCCAUUGAAUCAUCUGCUUAUAGCAUUCUCUAACCAACAAGUGGUAUCAGAGCCCAUUAUCACGCAUUUGGGACCUAAAUUACGAUGGGAGAUAAGGAGGACUCUGGUGGAGGUGAUACUUCAGUCCAAGGAGGCAGCUCAACCCAAGAUUCUGGCAUUGCAGCACGAAGGGGAGCGCGUACAAGCCAGGGGUCACUGCUUAAGGAGGUGCUGAAGAACUUCACCAUUGAGAAGUUCUCUGGAGAUGGCUAUGAUGAUUGGGCAUGGAAGAUGCAGCUCUACUUUCGACAAAUUGGCCUCUUGAAGCUCAUGAUUGGAACGGAGCCCAGGCCAAAGGAAAUGGCAGAGCAAGCGGACUGGGAUGAACGUUCAUCUGCUGGGUAUUAUCUACUGUCACAAAGCUUGGAGCUGAACCAGAGGCAUCACAUCAUGCAUCUGCUACCGGAAACUGAUUGUGGGCCCAAGGCAUGGGCAGUGCUCAAGGACCUGCACGCUCCGACAUCGGUUGCCGCUUCUCUCAUGCUGGAUCGGGAGCUGUCCAUGCUGCGGUUGAGCGAGAAUGAACCUGUGCAGCCCGUUCUGGACAAGAUGAGGGAACUCUACGCGAAAUUGGCGAUUGCGGGCAUCACGUACCCUGAGCAGACUAAGUGUCUCAAGAUGCUCAGCCUGCUGCCCGAGUCUUGGCUGCAAUUUAUAAGCGGACUCAGCUUGCCACAAAACCAAAGUCAAUGGACAUUGGAGUGGAUUCGCACCAAGAUUCUGGAAGAAGAUUUUCGUCGCUACACACUGCGCGGAGGUGAUGACAGCACCAGCGGCUAUGCCAUGCAAGGGACAUGGAGGGAUCGAGGGCGUGGCAAUCGCGGUCGCUCUUACUACAGCCAAGGUGGUCGCGGGACUUGGAACCAGCGGGGGCGUGGUGGCGCUGGUGCAAGAGGAAGAGGUGGUCACUCCAACAAUGACAACAGUGAACCACGCUUGAGGGGAGAGUGCUGGUAUUGCAAGGAAGAAGGGCAUCCAUGGUUUCGCUGCUCUACCAAGCCCGACUGGUGGACCCCUUGGAACCAAUCACAAAAGGGGAAUGGAGGAAAGCAACCACGUGGAGGUGCCAACAUGGUAGCUGAUCCUGCUGAAGAAACCUCCAAGGAUGACAGAGGAAUGGGAAAUGAGGAGAGGAAUGCUGGACAGUUCUACCAUGUGUGUGACAAAGAUGACAGUGGCACGGCUGUUGCAAGGGCUGGAGAGGAAUUGCACCCGCUUGACAUGUGGGUCAUGGACUCUGGUGCUGCAUGGACAAUGACACCACUCAAGGAUUUGCUGGAUGCUGUGCGAGCGCCUCCAAUCUCUGAAGUGCGCUCAGCAUCCGGACAUGCAGUGAAGGUCGCUGGAGUUGGUCGAGCUGCAUUCAGAGCACCUGAUGGUGGACUGGUUGUGCUGAAGGAUGUGUUACUCGUACCGGGGCUGAAGGCCAAUCUGAUAUCGCUGCGCAAGCUAGGCCAGGCCGGAGUCAGCACCACCACCAAUGGAUCCAAAACAUUCAAGGGGCUGCAAGGAGAUCGUGUGUUAUGGGAUUUACACGAAAGCAGGGAUGUCUUCAGAUCCAUGUGGCAGAUCCCUGCGCUGAUAUGGGAAUCAACAAAGAAGGAGCUGGGAGUAGUAAAGGCGGGAUCUGGAGUCCAGGGGGAGUGCAAUGCAGUUAGUGCUGCAGGAGUGAUGGUUUCUGCAAGGUCGGGGGAGACUGAUUGGGAAACCGCACACAGGCGUCUAGGGCAUGUGGCUAUGCCAUUGCUGCAGCAACUGCAUAAGGAAGAAGCAGUAAAGGGGCUGAAGCUUUCUAGGCAACCAAAUGAUACCAAGUGCGAGACGUGUCUGCUGAGCAAGUUCACACGGUUCCCCUUUCACGGCGUAGCUGGGAAAAGCAAGGCAGCAUUGGAACUGGUGCACAUGGACCUGGUAGGACCUUUUCCAGUUCAAGGAAGAAAGGGGGAAAGAUACUUCCUAACAAUAGUUGAUGACUGGAGCCGGCUGAUGUGGGCAUACCCGUUGAAGCAGAAGGAUCAUGCUGCCUCAACAAUACGAGAUGACUGGCUGCCGUUCGUCGAGCGACAAUCUGGGCAACCAUGCAAGAGCAUCAGAACCGACCGAGGUGGAGAGUUUCUAGGAGGAGAUCUGACUGCGUGGCUCAAGAAACAAGGCAUUGAGCAUCAGCUAACAACGUCCUAUACCCCUCAGUCAAAUGGCGUUGCUGAGAGGGCUAAUAGGACCAUCCUGGAAACUGCGCGAGCGCUGCUGAUCGAAUCAGGGCUGGGGAACUCCAUGUGGCCUCAUGCGGUGAGGCAUGCUACAGUGGCAAGGAACCGCGUACUCACAAAGGUAGCUGAUGAUAUGUGGGUGCCGCUGGAGAGGUGGCUUGGAAAGAAGCCUCCAGUGGACAUGCUCAGAGUGUUCGGAUGCAUGGCAGUGGCGCAUGUCCCUAAACCGUACAGGACAAAGCUUGGAGCAUCUGCACUGUGGUGUGUGCACCUUGGGCUUGCGGCAGAGAGCAAGGGGUGGCUACUCUGGGAGCCCUCAAAGAAUGUGCUGUUUGACAGUCGGGAUGUCAAAUUUGUGGAGAACAUCAUGUAUGGCAAGUGGGAGAAGCAGCCGGAGGCAAGGGUCACCCAGCAGCUGGAAGAGAUCACUAUGCACUUCGAUUUGUCCGAACCUGAGGACAGCGAAGUCACUGCGCCAACGGCAAGCGGUACUGAUGAAGGAAGCAAUGAGGAUAUUGCAGCUGAUGCUGAAGUCAAGGAUCCGGAGCAGCAGCAGCAAGAGGCUUCCAAAACACCAAGUCUGCCAAAGCGAAGGAAACAGAUUGGUGGGGGGACAAAGGAUUGGGUGAAGGUGAAAGAAUGGGUAAAUCCAACCAUCUACCCUGCACGUACCAGAAUGGCAACAAGAAAGCUGCUGAGCUCUACAAGUGAAGGAGCCACAACUGAGCAGCAGGAACAGGCUCAAGGCGAAGAUACAGUGCUGUUCUUGGGUGAUGACCAAGAGUCAGAUGACGAAGAGCCUGCAUACUGCUUUUACGCACCAAUACAACCUCCGAGCAUGGAUCAUGCGCUAGCCGGGCCUCAACGGGGGAAAUGGCUCGUUUCAAGAGAUGCAGAGUACAACAGCCAGAUGGAGAACCACACAUGGGACCUGGUGUACUUGCCAAAUGGGAAGAAGGCAAUACAGUGCAAGUGGCUGGCAAAAAUCAAGACGGAUGAGAAAGGAGAGCCAUCAGUUUACAAGAGCAGGCUGGUGGCAAAGGGGUUUCAGCAGAAAGCGAAGGAAGAUUACAAAGAAGUGUUUGCCCCAACUGCUAAGUCUCCAACGCUACGUGUGCUGCUGGCGGUAGCUGCUGUGCGCAAAUGGAAGGUGAAGCAGAUGGACAUCGUAACCGCUUUUCUGUAUGGCAUUGUGGAAGAGGAGGUAUACAUGGUUCAACCACCUGGCUAUGAGGAUGGAACCGGUCGUGUCUGCAAACUUAACAAGGCCAUCUAUGGCUUGAAGCAGGCCCCGAGAUGCUGGUACAACAGGCUGGCCAGUGCACUGGAAGGGAUUGGAUUCCGUGCGAGUGCAUGCGACGAGAGCCUAUUCCUGAUGAGCGAGGGGGAGUCGCUUGUGCUUCUGCUGGUGUACGUGGAUGACAUCCUGCUCUUCAGCAGCAGUGACAAGGAGAUCGAUGGGGUGCAGCAGAAGCUCACAGAGCAGUUCAAGUGCAAGUCACUUGGAGAGGCAAGGUACUACCUGGGAAUGCACAUUGAGCCGCAUACUGAACGUGGCUGGCUCAAACUGCAUCAGGGACAAUACAUUAACACCUUGGCUGAGAAGUACUCUCUGCAGGAAGAACGGGAAGUGGUCACACCUUUGCCUUCCGAGUUCAAACUCAUAAAGGCAGCUGAAGGAGAAGGAGUUGAGAGUGAAGACCAGAGGCAAUUCCAAUCCAUGGUCGGGAGCCUACUCUACGCUGCUGUGCAUACUCGGCCUGACAUCAGCUUUGCUGUGGGACAGCUGGCUCGAGUAGUGCAAAAUCCAACAGAAGAGCAGUGUGGUGCAGCGGAGAGAGUGGUGCGCUACCUCAAGUCAUACCCUACAGUGGGAGUACAGUAUUCAGCCUCUGCUCAACUCAGUCAGAAAGGAGUUGAAGUUCUCAAAGAGAAGGGGGAGCAGCUUAGAGAAGGAAAGGUGUUCCUUUCCUGUUUUGCUGAUGCCACAUGGGCUUCUGAGCAUGAGGAUUCAUCAUCAGUAGGUGGAUACAUCUGCAUGGUGGGAGGUGGGCCUGUAAGUUGGAGGUCCAAGAAGCAGUCUGAGACGGCACUAUCGUCAGUGGAAUCUGAGUACAUGGCGAUGUUUCAUGCAGCAAAAGAAAUCAUUUGGCUAAGGAGGCUCUUGAAGGAGAUCGGCCAUGAACAGACUUGUGCGACACCUCUGUUCAGUGACAGCAAGGGAGCCAUUGCCAUGGCACGCAAUGCAGUUCUUCAUGGGUUGAACAAGCACAUGAGGAUCAAGUGGCAUUGGCUGCGGAAGGAGGUGAAGCUUGGGACACUGGAUCCGAUCUACGUGAAAACUCAGCAACAGCCAGCCGACUUCCUUACCAAGCGGCUAGCUGAAGAGCCACACUGGCGCUGUGCGAGAAUGGCGGGAAUGUCCUUGAACUAGAGACGGCGAAACAAGCCGACAGUCUGAGGGGGAGUGUGUUGGUGCAUAUUCGUUUGCACGUCAUCCUGUCGUCUGUUCGCAUCAUUUCGUUGCAUGUGUUUUGUGUGCUACGUUGUUUGUGUGGUUUGUUGGGUUUGCAUGUCUUUGCAUAUUCAUCUUGUGCUUGUGCAGAUGUGCUUGGAUUGUACAUCAGAUCGAGCGCAUUCCAACGAGCCAAGAAUUGUUGGAAUCGGAGCACAUAUGAAGAAGUUACGAAGAAAUGUUUGAUGGAUUUGUUACAACUCAUUGGAAGUCCUUGGCAGCUGCUACACCAAAGUUGGAGAGCCCUAAAACGAGGAGGGACCAGCAUGUGUGGGACUUUUGUCCCCACCUUGCAGCUGCAGCACUUGGGGUUUGGAGACCAACCUGGUACAGUAUGAAUUUUGUCUUGCCAGGCUGGCUGAACCUGAGGAUGGGGAGUCAAAACUUUGACUCUUGUCAUGUUCUUGACCAAGGGCCUCCAGGGUCCUUCCCUUUCAUCCUUCCCUUCCCACCCCACCUUCCAACUAUGCUUCAAUGCCUUUUCCAUCAUGUCUCUGAACUUGUAAGCUUCAAUCAUAGUGACUCUGAGGACUGUCAACUUCUCCUAGGGCAGAUUACCCCCCAGUGCGCCAAACGCCAUAGCUCACUCGAUAAGCUAUGGAAUCGAGUGAUUCAACUUUCAGAGGAAAGCUGACGCUGCAAGCUACAACAUAUCCGAUUUUCAGAUCGUUUCAUCGAUUGGAGUUUUGGAUAUAGCUUUUCGAAGGUCGCGAGUUUUCUGGGCGUCAUAACGAAGUGCUGCAGAAAUUUCCAAGGAGCCAUUGAAUCAUCUGCUUAUAGCAUUCUCUA